GUAGGUUUGGUCUCGGCCCCUGGAUGUGGUAACACUUGGCUUCGAUUCCUUUUGCAACAAGCUACUGGCGUACUAACGGGAUCAAUGUACAACGAUACAUUACUACACGGAGUAGGAUUCCCUGGAGAGUACUGCAACGAUGGUUCAGUGCUAGUGGUGAAGAACCACUACGAUGUUAACAGGACCAUAAAAUCAGCCCAAUUUGACUCAAUCAUACUGCUCAUUCGGAAUCCGAGAGACUCUAUAUUGGCUACAUAUAACAUGGAAUACGCAAAAAAAAUUGAAUAUGAACAAAGUGAUAAUGAAACAAUAGUAUUAAUAAAUUUUCAUGUUUUUGUCGCGCCACCAUCUGUGUUUAGAAAAUCACCCGACAAGUGGUCAUCUAGGGUCACCUUUCAUUUACAAGAAUGGACAAAACUGUACACUGACUGGCUUACUAACUACCAAGGCCCAAUUCUCGUCGUGUUCUACGAAAACUUGAUCAACGACACCAGAAAUGAGCUAAAAAGUAUACUAGACUUUUUAAACGUCACUGUUUCAGAGUGGGACAUCAUGUGUGCGAUUGAUAGGCAAAAUGAUUUGGAUAACAUCUUCCGCCGUCUUAAGAAGUUUAAAUACUUCGAUCCUUUCACUAAAGACAUGUAUAAGAAAAUGGAGCUGGCCAAAAAUAGAGUCUAUAGCCUUGUCAAAUAAUGAACAGUUACGAAUGGCCCACGCAACAUCAUUUCAUGCACUAACAGAACUCGCUCUCCCCUUAAGAGGAUAUCAGCCGCGUAAUAUUGGUAUCAUCUUUUUAGAACUGUCGUCAUGGAGAUCAACUACGACAAAUUAAAUAGGAAAUAAUUGGACUUGU